CGCCCACUCAUCGCUUUUAUUGUCAGGACAGCAAACCGGGGACUUUUAACUCUUUACUCCAUUUAACCAACUUGUGUGUGCGUGUGCUUUUCUUUGGUGCAUCGGCCAGAUGGAGGACUACCAUAAACCAGACCAGCAGACAGUGCAGGCGCUCAGGAACAUCGCCACCCGGCUCCGGAUCAACUCCAUCAAGGCGACAACUGCAGCGGGCAGCGGUCAUCCCACAUCAUGUUGCAGCGUGGCAGAGAUAAUGUCUGUCCUCUUCUUUCAUACCAUGAAGUACCGAACUGAAGACCCUCGUAACCCCAACAAUGACCGCUUCAUCCUCUCAAAGGGUCAUGCAGCUCCUGUGUUGUAUGCCUCGUGGGCAGAGACGGGCUACCUGAAGGAGAAUGAACUCUUCAACCUCCGCAAGGUCGACUCGAUCCUGGAAGGACACCCUGUGCCGAAGCAGCAGUUUGUGGAUGUGGCCACUGGAUCUCUGGGUCAGGGGCUGGGAGCUGCUUGUGGAAUGGCCUACACCGGAAAGUACUUUGACAAGGCCAGCUACCGGGUGUUCUGCCUGCUGGGUGAUGGAGAGCUAUCCGAGGGCUCAGUGUGGGAGGCCAUGGCUUUUGCCUCCUACUACCAGCUGGACAACCUGGUGGCCAUAUUGGACAUCAACCGCCUGGGUCAGAGCGACCCGUCUCCGCUGCAGCACCAUGUGGAGAAGUACCAGCGACGCUGUGAGGCCUUUGGGCUGGUGUCAAAUCAAGCCUGUUGCAUGUCAUUCCUGCACCACAUGCAGGGCAUUCAUAUGAGCUGGCACGCCAUCAUUGUGGACGGCCACAGUGUGGAGGAGUUGUGUAAGGUGCUGAGUCAGCCCUGCCACCAGCCACUUGCCAUUAUCGCUAAGACCAUCAAGGGAAAAGGCAUCCCAGUGGCUGAGGAUAAGAUGGGCUGGCACGGUAAACCUCUGCCCAAAGACAUGGCUGAGAGUGUAAUAAAGGAGCUGCAGAGCCGCAUCAUCAGCUGCAAUAAGCGCCUCUAUCCUGCUCUGCCCAGUGAGGACACAUCCCCUGUCAGCCUCCGAAACAUCCGCAUGCCAAGUGCACCCAGCUACAAACCUGGAGACAAGAUUGCUACAAGGAAGGCGUACGGCAUGGCUUUGGCCAAGCUUGGUCGUUACAAUGAGCAUGUAGUGGCUCUGGAUGGAGACACCAAGAACUCCACCUUCUCCGAACUCUUUAAAAACGAACACCCCAACCGCUACGUGGAGUGUUACAUCGCAGAGCAGAACAUGGUGAGUGUGGCGAUAGGUUGUGCCGUGCGGGACCGUAAUGUGGUGUUUGCCAGCACCUUUGCCACGUUCUUCACUCGGGCCUACGACCAGCUCCGCAUGGCUGCCAUCUCUGAGAGCAACAUUAACCUCUGUGGCUCCCACUGUGGAGUCUCUAUUGGUGAAGAUGGGCCCUCUCAGAUGGGUCUGGAGGAUCUGGCCAUAUUCAGAGCCAUUCCCACUGCAACUAUCUUCUACCCAAGUGACGGUGUCUCCACUGAGAAAGCUGUGGAACUUGCUGCCAACACAAAGGGUUUGUGUUUUAUCCGAACAAGUCGCCCAGAGAACAACAUCAUCUACAACUGCAACGAAGAUUUCCAUAUUGGACAGGCUAAGGUUGUGUAUAAAACCAAUGAUGAUCAUGUGACUGUGGUUGGAGCAGGAGUGACCCUUCACGAGGCUUUGGCUGCUGCUGAACAACUGAAGAAAGAGAGAAUCAACAUCCGUGUGAUCGACCCUUUCACCAUCAAACCCCUGGACUCCAAGACCAUCAGUGACAAUGCCAGGGCAACCAGAGGACGCAUCAUCACAGUGGAGGACCACUACUAUGAAGGUGGUCUAGGUGAGGCAGUGUGCUCUGCGGUAGUGAACGAGACUGGUUUCACUGUUCACCGCCUGGCAGUUUCUCAGGUACCACGCAGCGGUAAGCCCCAGGAGCUGCUCCGAAUCUUUGGCAUUGACCGUGACGCCAUCGCUCAGGCUGUGCGUAAGGUGCUCAGCAGCUCCGCCAAUGCCAAGUAAGAACACUGCAGCAGGGGCAGCAGUGGCAACAACAUGUUAAAGGACUCCAUGGUAAACUGGAGAUUACCAUUGAGGCAUCAAACAUUCAAAUAAACCAACACAGAAGGAGGGGAAGCACUUCUGGCCUACUUACGCUCUCCUCCCCAGAAAACAAUCCAAAGCAUUUGGUUGAAAAAUAAAAAAUAUACCAUCAUUUUUCUCUUUAACUUUGAUCAAUGUGAUUUGACAACCUUACCCCAGAUUUUUGCCCUAUCAGUUUUUGAGUUCAGUAAGCACACCUCUGUCCCUUGUCUCACACACACACACACACACACACACACACACACACACACACACACACACACACACACCUCCACCCUCUAACUUUUCCUACCUCCCAGAGGAAGUUCUGGUACUGCUGUGGUGUUUCAGUAAAAGCAGUGAACGUGGUUUUGAGUAAAGUGAAGUCUUUUUAUAAUUUCUGUGGAACCCCUCUCACUUCUUCAGCGCAGCAUUCUGAGCGUCUGUGCUCAGUACAACUUUGUAAAUCCCACCCCAGUAGAGCCAGCAGGUUGUGGAGGAACUCUGGUUUGGUCUGUUUGAGAACUGACUGUUUUUAACCUUUUUAACACUGACUUGGAUGGGACUGCUUCACACCA